CUUAGGGAGCGGUCGUGUAGCGAGAUGAACGCUUGCGAUCUUUCGUAUUACGAGUAAUUCCGAUUAAUAAAUAAAUAUGAAUGAAAUACGUAAGUGAAUGGUGCACGUAAAAAGAUUUACAAUAUGAUGCAAUUUAAAAGUUUUAAGCUGUGUUUUGCAGUGUAGUUAAAGUUCUUGAUAAGCAGAGUAGUUAAAGAGGCAGUGAGACAAAUCUUGGCCGUAUAACGAAGUGAUAAAGCAAAAGGAGAAACUUUUCAUAGAGUCGCAUUGUAUAGAUCUCAAUGCCUUAUACAAAAAAUCAUUGCGCUGCUCCUCGCAGGCGCCGACUAUGUUUGACUCGACCAAGGGUGCAUUGCUAGUGGCGCCCUCUCUUGCUAACAGCUCGUGCAGCUUGAACGGUAAAGGCUGGCCAACGACCUUCCCCGCGACUGGAGACAUCAUCAAAGCCUUCUUCAUAUUUGCCUUGUCCAUGGCAAUCGUCUUUUGUAAUCUAGUCCUCAUUUGUGUUCUUAAUAAUAGAAGAUAUAUUAAGUAUAUAGAAAAUCAGCCACGAUAUCUGUUAACCUCACUCGCAUUGAACGACUUAUUUACUGGGAUUUUAAUAGCACCUGUCGCGCUUCUGCCUGCCUUGUACAAGUGUUGGCCUUACGGAGAGAUAUUCUGUCAAAUUCAGGCUCUUCUACGGGGAGCUGUGAGUCAACAGAGUGCUGUUAUUCUAGUCUGUAUGGCGAUAGACAGAUAUUUGUAUUUGUUACACCCGAGCACUUACCAUAAACACUCGAGCAAAAAGGGCUGCGUCCUAGUUAUAAGUACAACUUGGAUUCUAUCCGUUUCCUUGUUCGCGAUAAUGGUGCUACCGAAGACGGGUUAUUACUUUAAUGCCACUGGUCUAAUGGCGUGUGACGUCUUCCAUAGUCGAGUAGCAUUCAGAAUUCUCUCCUGCUGUGCCUAUUAUUUCCCAACUACAAUGGCUCUUAUGUACUGCUACGGAUCAGGGUUCCACGUAAGCAAAACGAGGGGGAAGUGUGAAGAUCCGCGGCCAAAUGGAUUAACGCAGACAUGCACGAAGACACACAUCGACAUUGAGACAGUGCAUAUACAAGCGCCCAUACGACCGCACAGUGUUAGUACAUCACGUACUAUGGCUGCGAUGUCCUUAGGAUUUAUUGUUAUGGUGACACCAGCGACGAUUCAGGAAGUCGUCGCCGCUUGCACUGGCUGUAAGGUUCCUCCAUCGUUGGAUUUUAUCAUAACGUGGAUAGCCCUAAGCGAUAGUUUUUGGAAUCCAUUCCUCUAUUGGCUCCUAAAUAGUCAUUUUAGACGAAUAAGUAACGACCUUCUGCAAUAUUACUUUUGCUGCCGGAAAACAAAGUCGUUUCCAGGUUACGACAAACCUAAGGGAUGCUGCGGUUCUCCCGUCACAUCUGAUGGUUUACAUUCUAAAGGCGAGUUUGAAGGCCUCCGAGAGAAGUAUUGGGGGGAAAUUCUAGAACGCACAGUAUCUUCGAGUUCCCUACAUGCACUUCAAAAAGCAUGCCACAGAGAUCCUAUACGCUGUACGGGCUCAUUUAAAGGCUACCAUGGAUCAUGUAAGCACGGAUCCAGAUUUUUUGACGGAUACGGGCCAACAGAAUACCGGCAUUUGGAUAGAUCAGCAUUUCAGAUAGAGUCCUGUUCGAGACACUGCAGAUUAAAAAGUUCAGAUAUGUGCCUCUUUAGACCCGGUGCCUUUGAAUGUGGUCGUUCGAGAUCGAAUUUGAGCCUAGACGAAGGUAACUUCAGCAAAGCAUGUAAUAACCGACAUUCAGAAUUGUGAGAGUUUCGAAAUUGUCCGGUUUUCGGGCACAGAAGUAAUAGUGUUAGUGUUUAUCCCGGGGUAGAACAUUUUAACUCUAAUAUCAAAUGGAAGUUCAACGACUCGCCGUGUGACGAUGACAACUUUACGAAUUUGGAA